GCCUUGCCCCUUAUCAUCGAACUCCGUCUCCUCAAAGAAGACAAAUGUCUGAACUUUGCCUUCCUUUCCGUAGUCGACCUGGGGGAAAAUCGCACCACCCUCCUUAUACCCGGAGCCCGCGAGCUCGCGCUGGCAAGGGAAGCCUACCAGCCGGAAGGGAGGGAAGGAGGGGUAGUUGGUCGGGCAGUGGAGGGGAUGGCUAUUUCGCCAAUGCUCUGGCGGCGGUCCUGCUCGCUCUGUCGAGGGAGGUUUGAGAAAGACGAGGGAGCGGCUGCCAAAAGGGCAGAGGAGUCGGGUACAGACGUGACGCUGGAAGAAGGGAGGGAUGUGAGUGGGGACGGCGUUGGCUACUACUCUCCUGCUACCACCAAAAUGGAGCUACCACCCGGUCAAAUUUCACGGAAAAUGGGGCCCGCAGCGAAUGAUAACAAUUAA